AGUUGGUGAUUCAAUCGACUAAUUGAAGGUGUUGGAUGUGAGAUCGAAAAGUUAGAUUAGAUCGAAAUAUGGCCUCGAUUCGAUCCAACUUCGGGUGCAUUUUUGUCAUCAAUUUGAUGUUUUCGAUUGGUGUCCCGGUAAACAGUGACAGCAUUGCGGAUCUAAUUAAAAAAUAUAACAAGGCGGAACGGCCUUACUUCAAUGGGGACCCCACUCACGUUGAAGUAAAUAUACACGUCAAUGCUAUUACAUCAAUUGAUGCAAUGACUAUGGAUUACAAAAUCGACCUCUUAUUUAGACAAUAUUGGACAGACAGCCGACUUCGCCACAACGGAACAACCUACCUCGCCAUUGGUCAUUACAGCAUCAACGACAUUUGGUGGCCUGAUACGUUCUUUUACAACGCCAAGGAAGGUCAAAAACACCAUAUCAGCUUCGUGAAUGAGUUUGCACAGAUAUAUCCCAAUGGCUACAUCAAAACAAGCGUGCGUUUGGCAUUGAAGCUCUCGUGCGUGAUGUAUCUGCACUAUUUCCCAAUGGAUGAGCAGUUCUGUAAGAUAACUCUAGGAAGCUUUGGAUAUACGACAAGAGAUCUCUUCUACACCGUUUCCCCGAAUGCCGUCACGUUCGAAGAGGGUCUAAGCUUGCCGGAGUUCAUCAUUAACAGAGAAGAUGUGAAACAGACAGCAAACACUAGAGUCUUCAAAACGGGGAACUUCAGCGAUAUUCAAUUCGAGUUUCACAUUAGGCGAGACUUGGGUUUCUACCUCAUCCAGACCUACAUCCCGAGCACGCUCAUAGUCAUCCUCUCCUGGUUGAGCUUCUGGUUAGACGUGCACGCGACCCCGGCUAGAGUUUCAUUAGGUCUGUUAACAGUCCUCACCAUGACCACUCAGAAUAUGGGUAUAAACGCCCAACUCCCCCGAGUUUCCUACGUCAAGGGGAUUGAUAUCUGGAUGUCGACGUGUCUCGUGUUCGUCUUCGGGGCUCUCCUCGAGUACGCCUGGGCCAACGUGCUGGCACGGAGAGAGGAUAAUACUAGAGAACGGAGGAAGGCCGAGAUUACUCAGUUAUUUGAAAAUGGCCAACAUGCAAACAAAGCCGCAAAUCAACCGAAUGGCAAUGUCACAAACAGCGCCUCGCCGGAACGACGUCCGAUUAAGAAAUUGAUAUACGUGCGACCGCUAUCGGCUGGGCACCGUUUGGACAAAUAUUCAAGGGUAGUAUUCCCAGUGACAUUCGGGUUCUUCAGUGUGCUGUACUGGUUACAUUAUUGGUGUAGGUGGUUUAAGAACGGCUGGUGCACAUAAAGGAAGCUGAACUUUUUUUUAAAUUGUGCAGAGACAUCCAUCAAACUUUCGUUUUAACAAGAGUAAAAAUUUAUACUGAUCUCUGGCAAUUUGUGCCUUUGGACAGUUCGGACGAUGUUCGCUUGGGCGUAAUCUCUUUCAGAGAAAUAUUUGCAUUGUGUUCCAAACAGGUUUUAAUCCCGAGUUUAAGAGCUAAUGGAAUUUUUCGCUAGACCUCGGCCAGUACUGCCCACAACUUGGUCCUCGUCUUUUACAACUAGUGACUGGUGUAGCAGGAGGAAUAGUCCCCGACUUUCACAUCGUGCUUGCUGGUGAAAGUAGUAGUCCCAUGUCAUUCACAACCUGUGGCUGGUGUAGCAGUUAUGCUAAAUUAUGAUUUGCAUCAACCCAAGACUGGUUUAUAAAGACAAAGUCAUAGCCAGAAGGUCGGGAUAGGACCUCUAGAAUAUCAAGAAGACCUUGGAAAGAGGAGACAGGUCAUCAACAUAUCAACUUGUAUAUUCGUGGAGUGCUAGAUUGUGACUCUGUCUGAGCAAAUCAAACCACAUUGUUCAUUAUACGUCUUCCCGAAGACCAAACCAUGUACUAUUGUUGAUGCGACAUAGUCACAGCAUAACUUUUCUAGUUGUAUCUAUUGUCUGGCACUCCUUGGGUGCGUGUAUGGAGGGGGCGGGGCCGCGGAUCCUGCAGAAUAAGUCGUGAUAGGACCUCUAGACUUUCGAAGACCUUGAAUAGAGGAGAUUGUGAAAAUACCAUCUUGUAUAUUCGUGCAGGGGUACCACAAGGUUGUGACAUAUCUUCUAGAAAGACCAAACCAUGAAAUAGUAUGGGUUUGGUCUUUCGCGGAGACAUAAUCACAACGUGAGUUGUAUUGUGGUUAGAUUUCAUUGGGAAGACAUAGUCACAAUCUCCUGUCUGGCUCUCCUCUUGGGGAAUGCGUGUGUGCGUGUGUGUGUGGAGUUAUGGCAAUGGGUGAUUUCAAAGUUGGUUUUGGUUUUAGUGUUGGGUGUUAGUGUCAGUUUUAUUCUUAAUUUCUACCCCUAAAAACCUAUGUCUGGAUAAGACCAAGGUUUUAGUUUAACACCAACACUGGUUUUAUCUGAACACCUAAAACCUGGGCUGAAACUAAGAAGAGGUUUUAUUCUGCAGGUAAAACUAACACCAAGAUGGACAGAGAUAAAACCUUGGAAAAACCAAAUAUGCAUGUUUUUGUCGUUGUUACUGUUGUUUCACUAUUGUAACCGCUUCCGAUCUAUAUAAAUUUGUCAUCUUCUUUGUCGUCCAUCAUUAUUCCCAUCAGCGUUCAAAAUACCAGCAACUACUUCUUGAAAUGGUACGAACAACAUGAUUUUUUUUUCUUAACACCAACACCAACUUUGAAAUCCACUCGGUGUUAAUGCCUAAGGUGUUAGUUUUAUUGGUAAUACAAAAUGCACUACUAAUCUUCCAAAUAUAACUUUACCGAGCUGGGAUUAAGAUUAGACCUUGGUGUUCCAAUUGGUUUCAGUGUGAAACUAAAACCUAAUUUGAAAUAGGAUAAUGCUAAAACUGAGUGUCAAAACUAACACCAGAACUGAUUUCAUUUCUGGUGUUGUGGAGAGUUUUAGUUUUAGUCCCGGUGUUAGUUUUUGACACUAAAACCAUCCCUUAGUUUUAAGCCAAAACCGGACAUAAUGCUAAAACCAACAAACACCGACUUUGAAAUAGGAUGAAACUAAAACCCACUUCAUUUCAAUGCUGGUUUAAUCAAGGGUUUUAGUGUUCCAUUUAGUUUUAAAACUAAAUCUAAAAACCGACUUUGAAAUCACCCAUUGUGUAUGCUAUGCCUGAACAGACUACACUGACAAUGACACCAAGUUACAAG